AUGCCUACGACCGUGACGCGUACGAAUAGUUCAGGCUUCGUUUUCAUUUCUGUUUUCCCACUUCCGUUUCCCGUUUCAUUUACAUACUAUAGUAAUGACAUUUCGGUUUCCUUCCUUCGAUUCAUCUCUUCAUCGAACAAUAUGGCCACCGGUGCCCGGAAGUCCUACUGGAUGCUCGCCGAUUGUGGCGUUUUCAUCAACGUCAGGUUGUUUCAUGAGCUGAUAAAAACUGUUCCAGAGCGAAGCAAUAGUCUCGUAUUCCUUCGUCAUUCCGAGUACUUCUUCGAGUUUUCUGUUCAGGCCAUUGGUCGAUGA